AAGCGACAGUACUGAGAUCAGUGACUGAACUGUAUUUUACAAUGGAGGAAGACGGCAAAGAAACCAUUUCAAUUAGAGAGAGUAAAAGACGGGAACGUCAAGCAGCCUUGGAGAGCCCAGAUAUUGGUAUUGGCUUAUGUGGGUGGAUCAUUGUCGGAUUAUCCAUCCUUCUGAUGCUCGCGACUCUGCCUCUCUCCAUAUGGAUGUGUAUUAAGAUUGUGAAGGAGUAUGAGAGGGCCAUCAUCUUUCGGCUGGGGCGGAUCCUACGAGGAAGAGCUAAAGGGCCAGGCCUGUUCUUCAUCCUGCCGUGCACAGAUAAUUUCAUCAAUGUGGACAUGCGCACCAUCACCUUCGACAUCCCCCCACAAGAGGUUCUGACCAAGGACUCAGUGACGGUCAGUGUUGAUGGAGUGGUGUACUACCGUGUUCAGAAUGCCACCCUGGCUGUGGCCAACAUCACCAACGCUGACGCUGCCACCCGCUUGCUGGCACAGACCACCCUGAGAAACGUCCUGGGCACCAAGAACCUGGCUGAGAUCCUGUCUGACCGCGAGGAGAUAGCCCACAGCAUGCAGACUACCCUGGACGACGCUACAGAUGACUGGGGUAUCAAGGUGGAGCGGGUGGAGAUCAAGGACGUCAAACUGCCCAAGCAGCUCCAGAGGGCCAUGGCUGCAGAGGCCGAGGCUAGCCGCGAGGCCAGGGCAAAGGUGAUAGCAGCGGAGGGGGAGUUAAACGCUUCGCGGGCUCUGAAGGAGGCCUCUCUGGUGAUCGCUGAGUCUCCAUCGGGCCUGCAGCUGCGCUACCUGCAGACCCUCAACACCAUAGCUGCCGAGAAGAACUCCACCAUCAUCUUCCCCCUGCCAAUGGACAUGAUGCAGGCCUUCAUGAAGAGAGACUGAGGGGAGCCUGUUGGGUGCUGUGUGAGUGCUGUUACACACGUACAGUACACACACAUGAAACAAACAUUCCCACAUAUAUCAUAGUGUGCUGCUUUCCCUUGUGCCAAACGUUAUGUCAAUGCCAGCUGGUGCAGAGGACGCUAGCUAAAGAGCUUGGUUGAGCUUUAUGAGUCAAAGAACUUAAUGUAAAUGUUUUGUGUGUUAAGACUAUAUUCUGUAUUGUAAGUUCCCAUUGAAUGGAACAGAGAAACAGGAUUUGAACAAAAACAAGGGAAACUGAGUCGCCACUCGCCGGUACUACUGAGGUGUGGUGUUUCCCGCACUGCUAUGAGACCAGGAUGUACUAGGGACCCUGUCUGUCUGUCUGUCUCCAUGGGAAGCAACCUCUUUACUAUGGCCAUGUAAACAGCUCAAAGCCUUAAAUCAUUGCCAUGGAGUCGAUGUACUCAUCUCAUACAGUUUCUAUGCAUACCUGGAUGGAAAUUGUAAGUGCAUUUUAGUCUGUUUUAAUAGCAAUAUUUAUCAUCAAGACUACACGCUCUUUAGAUGCUGUUACAGUACCUAUGCAGUAUACAUUAUUUUACUGUAUAAAACAUGGUAUGUGUUAUACACUGAGUAUACCAAACAUUAGGAACACCUUCCUAAUAUUGAAUUGCACCCCCUCAAAACAGACUCAGUUCGCCAGGGCAUGGACUCUACAAGGUGUUGAAAGCGUUCCACAGGGAUGCUGGCCCAUGUUGACUCCAAUGCUUCCCACAGUU